AGACGCUCAAGAUUCAGAGCUCAGUUUCCGCGGCGGUGCGAACUUGACAUCCGCCGACUGGUCCUCUUCCAGCCGGUGAUGCAUGGACCAUUCCCAUCAUACGGACGGCGACUGCCAAUAUGUGGAUGAUUUCUCGCGGGUAUGUCUGCCCGACUCUCCGAUCUUCCUGCAGAUCAACAGGAUCAUGUCGUGGACCUUCUGUGUGUCAGCGGGAGUGAAUGUCUGCCUCAUCUUGAUCUAUGUCGCUUGCCUCACGCGCACGAAGAGACCCUUCUGCCGUUUGUUGAGCUUCGGGUUCCUUGUGGCUGGCUUGAUGCUGAAGCUUCCUCAGGCAUCCAUUCGUGCCAGCAAUCCAGGGUUCAAUUCCACGGCAGAUCUACCGCAUCUCAUCCUCUUCAUGUGCGCAGAUAUCCUGGAUCACAUCGGGCUAGUCAUUCUCAUCUACUGGGACAUAUGCACAGAAGCAGUUCACUUGGUCUUUGCCUUGGAUCCGAAACGCUUCACCUGGAGUCUGAAGCUGUGUAGAUGGUCGGGGUACAUCUUCAUUUGUUCUCAGCUGGUGAUCUUGGGCCCUUACCUGGCGUCCAUGUAUUUCCUCGAGACUCAUGAGGAGCGGUGCGUCGGGUAUAUCAUCUUCGCUGUGACGCAGUUCUGCAUCGUUUUCGGCCUCUCGCCAAGCCUGGCCUUUGGCAUGUUGGUCCGAGGCGUCCAUCAACUCUGGCAAAAGCUACCUGAAAAGGUGCCACGGCACUUGAAGCAUCGCCUGACCUAUGCCCAGAUUGGCCUGACCUUGCUGAUGCUGAUUACAGUGACCUUUUGCUUUGCUGGAGUGCUCACAGCGUCCGUGGAGCUUUUGCGGAUCCAUGCGGGGUUCCUCUACAUGGACGUCGUGGUCACGGUGAUUACCCUGGUGGUGAACGUUCUCUUGGGAGGUGAAGUGUAUCUCACCUUGAAGCACAUUUGGCGGCGGCAUCUCAACCGCCAUGGUCCACUGCAUUCUCAGUUGGUCCAGGAAGUCAUCCAUGCGGGCGUGGCUGAGCUGUCCGACGUGAUGCGAUCGGUGCAGACGCAACCGCCGGUCUGGAAACGUGGCUUGGCGUUUGCCGUGGCGGAUAGCUUCCUGGACAUGGCCGUAGAUGACUGUGGACCCGACUUGAAGACCACGGAUCUUUGCAUGAGAUGGUUGAAGCCUUUGACGUUGCCGGCGCGCUGCUCGAUCUGGGAAGCCUUCAGCACUGGCUUUCCCAAGCUCUACGGGGCAAAUUACCCGCAAGUGUCUCAUCAGAGCUAUGGUCUUUACAUUGGACAGCCCACUGUCAUGGUCAGCCAUUGCUGGGCGAGCUCCUAUUGGGAGCUGAUGCUCAUCAUGAAGCGUUUCGAUGAAAAUACCCAGAGCAACAACCUCUUCUUCCUGGACGUCUUUGCCAUGAACCAGCAUGACUUCGCAGAUAUGACUUCCGUGCAGCUCAAUGGCUCCGAUACGUUCAGCCCCACCUGCUCAGUGAAGUCCGGGGGUUCCGACCUCGGCGAUGGAUUCAAAGAUGUCUAUCAGACCAUGCUACGUGCCCUAACACGAUCCAUUGAGCUGCCGGGGCGGGUGCUUUUGGCGAUGACGCCACAUCAACAGCCCUUGCUCUUGACCCGGUCAUGGUGUUUGUACGAGAUCUACAUCGCCUGGAAAGUGGGUGCCGAAGUCUAUUGUGGUUUCAUUCCGGAGGCGGAGCAGUCGGUGAAGCACAGCUUGCUGGAGAGUGACGCGUUGAUCAACGAGAUGUUGAGCGCGGUGGACGCUGAGAAGUCUCGCGCCACCGUGGAGUCGGAUCGCGAGAUGAUCUUGAGUAUGAUCAGCAAAGCGGGUGUUGAUCGCUUCAACUCCUUUGUCCAAGAGAAACUCUCUGCAUCUUUACGAAUGGUGGCUCUCUCCACGCUGCUGAUGACCAGCGAGGAGCCUCCGCCUCCGGCACUGGAUCGCUGCGCUGAGAGCAGGAGCUCUGUAGCCACGCGCUGAUGGGUCAAUCGUGUUGGCGGUGAAUGACUCUGGUGUUCAAUUUCAGCACGCUUGGAAGUGAAUUCUUUCAUCGCGAUCUUGAUCUGGAGGUGCUGGGUGGCCUAGACGAUGACAUCGACAAUGACUCUGAUUCUUUUCCCGUUUGAAGCGGCACGAAUCAAGUGAGUGACGUGGCUGUGAAUUGCAUCCGAGGACCAAGCUAUUUCAGAGAUGUUUUCCUGCA